AUGGAGGCAACGAACCUGGCGAUGUCACCCAGGGAGACCAUAAAACCCAGAUCGGAACACAAAGCUUUACAGUUAAAUUCUAAACCAAAUCAGGUUGGAACAGUGCUGCUAUAUGGGGUUCCCAUAGUGUCGCUCAUAAUAGAAGGAGUUGAGAGAUUGUGUCUCGCUCAGAUCUCCAAUACGUUACUGAAGCAGUUCUCAUAUAACGAAAUACACAACAGACGGGUGGCGCUGGGCAUCACAUGCGUACAGUGCACCCCUGUGCAACUGGAGAUUCUUAGGCGAGCAGGGGCAAUGCCGGUGUCUUCCAGGAGGUGUGGCAUGAUAACCCGGCGGGAGGCUGAGAGGCUGUGUAAGUCCUUCUUGGGCGACAAUGCACCUCCGCGGUUGCCCGACGACUUUGCCUUCGCCGUCCACCACGAGUGCGCUUGGGGGUGCCGCGGUGCUUUUCUACCAGCUAGGUACAACUCUUCCCGAGCGAAGUGCAUAAAAUGCGCUUACUGCGGCCUGUUCUUCUCUCCCAACAAGUUCAUAUUCCAUUCCCACCGCGUGGGCCCAGGCGACAAGUACGUGCAGCCCGACGCGGCCAACUUCAACUCUUGGCGGAGGCACAUGAAGCUGAGCGGCACCCCGCCGGAUGAAGUCAUUCAUGCUUGGGAAGACGUGAAAGCGAUGUUUAACGGUGGAACGCGCAAGAGGAUGCUGUCUGCUGCAAGAAGGUUGCCUGUCCGCAGGCCAGAAACGGAGGCGGCGGGCGACGCCAAGCGGUCGGCGGUCAGCCCGCCCGCGCACGCGCCUGUACCGCGCCUGGCUGAUUACGUGUGGGGUGCGCGAUUGCCUCUGCCGUACGCCAUACCGUGGCUGAAACCAACCCUUUGGACACCAGGUGCGCUGACAGCGUUGAGCGGAGUGAGCGCUUUGGAGGAGCCGCGGGCGUUCAGACCGGUGCGUUCCCACCGCCUCGACUCCCCACAGCUAUCGCCUGCGCUGUCACCGCCGCGGUCUCCUAACAGGUCGUCGCCAACGGUGUCGUCGCCGCGGCGGAGUCGAUCACCGCUCCGCUCUCCGCUACGCUCGCCGGCCCGCUCGCCGCUCCGCUCGUCGCUGCGGUCAUCGCCCGCCCGCUCCACCAAGAGUGACCGCGAUAGCGACGAGAGCGUAGACAUCGAAACUACAGAAGAGGAACAGCCUAGAGACACGACGUCCACCUGGCCUAGUCACGCUGCGACGCUUCGGCCUGAGGACUCCUGUUGGAGCGCCCUGGUGCCGAAGGUUGAGCGGGAUGAGGAGCGCGUGGAGCCCUGGCGGCUGCCCGACCUGCGCCCCGCCUUACACUACCUGCACGAACGAGGUGGGCCUUGUACUUUACUUCAUCAUCAUAACCAGCAGCCUAUCAAUGUCCCCACUGCUGGGAAUCAGUCCUUACAUAGUUACGCUCCUUCCCUUCGCCGUAAGGAUUACUGCUGGAGCGCCCCGAUGCCGAAGGUUGAGCGCGUAGAGCUCAGGCAGCUGCCCGAUUUGCGCCCCGCCUUACACUACCUGCACGAACGAGGUGGGCCUUGUACUUUACUUCAUCAUCAUAACCAGGAGUCUAUCAAUGUCCCCACUGCUGGGGCACAGACCUGGGCCACUCACGCUCCGAGCCUUUUGCUCGAGGACUCCUGCUGGAACGCCCUGGUGCCGAAGGUUGAGCGCGUGGAGCCCUGA